AUGCUCGGUCAAUUACAAAUGAAAAUGAUUGAUAUACAAACAUCAUUAAAAAAAUCUACAGGACAAAUUGAAGGACUUAAACGUGAAAUUCAACGUUCAAAAUUAACUGAUAAAGAAAUCAAUACACUGAAAUCUGAAACACCAAUGUUUAGUCCUGUUGGUCGAAUGUUUGUAUUACAUACUAAAGCAGAAAUUCGUGAACAAAUUGAAAAGAAAAUAAAGACAUGUGAAGAUGAUAUAAAAAAACAAGAAGCAACAAAAACAUUUUUAGAAAAACAAAUGCGUGAUUGUGAAACACAAUUUAAAGAAAGAUUUGCAGGAGCAGGAGGAAAAAAAACACGUUCAUAG